AUGAGGUCGACGCUUUCCCAAGGAGUCGUCUUCCUUCUCUACGGCCUUGCGGCUGCGGUGCCGUCGCGAUCGACUGGCAACGAUGUGACGAAGAGGCAGAACACGUCGCCUGGCGGCCCUUCAGCCCCCGCUGCGUCGGCUCAACCAGGUGUUCCCCAGACGUGCAACACUCCCGACAACAGAGCCUGCUGGGCCGAUGGUUUCGAUAUCAACACGGCCUACGAGGAGAAGGUUCCGACCACUGGAAACACUCGUUCGUACGAGCUGGUGCUCACUGAGCACACCACGUUCACCGGUGGAGAUGGAAUGAGCAAGAACUCAGCAAUGCUGAUCAACGGCAAGUCUUUCUGCGCUUUCCCUGGACCUACCAUUGAGGCCAACUGGGGUGAUAAUGUCGAAGUCAGAGUUGUGAACAACUUGAGGACAAACGGAACAUCAAUCCACUGGCACGGUCUGCGUAUGUUGAACAACAACAUCAACGACGGAGUCAACGGUAUUACCGAGUGCCCUCUGCCGCCCGGCUCAAGUAAGACCUACAAGUGGAGGGCGGAGCAGUACGGUUCUUCUUGGUACCACUCUCAUUUCUCGGAUCAGUACGCCAACGGUAUCGUCGGUGCCAUCAAGAUCAACGGUCCUACGUCUCAGAACUACGAUGUGGACUUGGGCGCCUACACCCUCACCGAUUGGUACUACAAGGGAGCCGAUGAGAUCCGAUCCACGUUCACCGCUCCUGCUUCCGUCCCUGCCAGUGACAACAUUCUGUUCAACGGCACCAACGUCAACAAGAAUGGUGGCGGCAACUACUCCCGCGUCACUCUCCAGAAGGGCAAGUCCCACAAGAUCAGCUUGAUCAACAUGUCCGUCGACAACACGUUCUCCGUCCAGCUCGUCAACCACAAGAUGACCGUUGUCAACAACGAUCUUGUCCCCGUCAAGCCGUUCGAGACCGACUCUCUGUACCUGAGUGUUGGCCAGCGCUACGAGGUCAUCAUCAAGGCCGACCAGAACCCCGGCGCCUACUGGUUCAACGUCUCGUUCCCUUCCAACAGACUCUGCGGCACGUCCAACAUGAACAAGCCUGCUUCCAUCUUCCAGUACGAGGGAGGUGGUGCCAAGGACAUGCCCAAGGACGCUGGCAAGGCCAUCACGGAUGCCCAGUGCCAGGACAAGACCGACUUUGAGCCCAUCUACAGCAUCGAUGUCGACUCUGGUGGCUUCCAGAAGACCUCCGACAACACUCUCGAUGUUACCGUUGACACCAGCAGAACCACCAACUCUCAGCAGGUGUACUGGAAGGUCAACAACCAGAACAUGGACAUCGAGUGGGAUACCCCGACGUUGUCGUACCUUGCUCAGAACAAGACCAAUUACCCCGCGGCUUACAACGUUUUCCAGGUUCCCGAUGGCAACAAGUGGGCUUACUGGGUUAUUGAGAACCUUUUCCCGGCUCCUCACCCUAUGCAUCUUCACGGCCACGACUUCUACAUUCUCGGCCACUCCGAGCCCGCCUCCAGCGGUCGCGGUGACGGUGUUCGCUUCAACGCGCAGAGCGACACGUCCAAGCUGAACUUCAAGAACCCGACCCGUCGCGACGUCACCCAACUGCCCGGUCGCGGCUGGCUCGUCGUUGCCUUCAAGACCGACAACCCCGGCGCCUGGCUGUUCCAUUGCCACAUCGCGUGGCACGUCAGCCAGGGCUUGAGUGUCCAGUUCCUCGAGCGCCAGAAUGACAUCGCCAAGACCUUCAAGAUCAGUGACAUUGAUCAGACCUGCGACCAGUGGGGUGAUUAUGCUGCGAACAUGCCCUUCCAGCAGACCGAUUCGGGUCUCAAGCGCAAGAUUUAA